AUGGUGCUGCUCUAUGAGCCGCUCAGGCUGGUGGGAGGGGCCAGUCGCUGCGCCGGGACAGUGGAGCUCAGAUACAGCGGAGAGUGGAGACGAGUGGAGAAGGAGAGAGCAGUCUGGACCGAAGAGGAGUUAGCUGCUGUGUGCAGAGACCUGGACUGUGGCUCUGCUGUUUCUGCACGUCGGAGAGGUGGUUUUCCACACAGUCGUGUGUGGGUGAUCUCACCUGUCUGCAUGAAGAGGAGGAAGACUAAAGUGAGAGAAUGUGUUUAUGACGUCCCUUUCUCCUACUCCUCCUUGUCUGGUGUGGAGGUGAUGUGUUCAGACUUACUGAACCGUCCAGUCCUGUCCCUCUCUGUGACUGUGGGGGCCUCCCAGGUCCAGGACUCCCAGGUCCAGGACUCCCAGGUCCAGGACUCCCAGGUCCAGGACUCCCAGGUCCAGGACUCCCAGGUCCAGGACUCCCAGGUCCAGGACUCCCAGGUCCAGGUCUCCCAGGUCCAGGUCUCCCAGGUCGGGGUGCAGGUGGUGCGUGUGCAGUUGGGGUCUCAGUUCUCGGUCCAGUGCUCGGUGAAGCCUCAGUUCCCAGGAGGCUCCUUCCAGCUGCUCUCUCCCUCUGGGAACCACACCCUGCCUGCUGUCAAUCACUCUGCACACUUCCUGUUCAAUCACACUGGCCCCGCCCACAAAGGAAACUACACCUGUGUUUACCACCUACAGGUGUUCGGCCACAGCUUCACCUCUGAGAGCGAGAGACUGGAGCUGAGGCUGGGAGCGGUGACUGACAGGGGGGUGCAGGGGGGCUGGGUGGAGUGGGUGCUGAGUAGGGAGGACGGGGGCUCAGUGGUGGGGGGGGGGGGGGUGUCUCUGGGAGGGCUGGGGGGGCCGUGGGAGGAAGACUGUGGUGGCAUGACAGAGGUGUGA